UCUAAAGUUGGCAAUAUUCACUUUUUAUUUUUGUUUUCUAUAUGUGACUAAAUUCACGCUGUUUUUCAUUUUUUACGGCACAAAAAUGCAAAAAUAUUUUUAUUUUGUAAAUAAUACAAUUUGAAUGAAUAAGUAAUAAUUAAAAUGGGAGAAAAAGGAGUUCACUUGACAGGUACCUCAUAUGCGAAACCGAGUGUUUUUGAAAUUUGUGCCCAGGAUUCUUUAUCCAUCUCCCUUGAACCUGCAUUCAAUAAACUUGUCACGGUUUUAGCGAAUUUAUACCCUGCAAAGUUUGGUUUUUUUCUUCGCUGGAAAGAUGAAAGUUUUAUGUUGUUGAACGGUGCCUUACAACAUUAUUACCUCUGUCGUCACAGUGCUUCGUUUUCGGAAAAGUUUUAUGGAUUGAAAAGAGUAUCUUUGAGAGACCCCAACACUGUUACGAACUUAAGUAAAAGUCAAAAGAAUGCUUCUUUAAUUUUAUUAGUCCUCUUUCCUUAUUUAAAUAAAAAACUCGACGUUGUGAGAAAAAAAUAUUCUCUUCAAGUAUCUAGUCACAAUUUACCAAAAUUGAAAAAAAGAUUAAUAACGGCCUUCCUAAGUUUUUGCUUUAUCUGUGAUAUGAUACGAGAAAUUGUUCAAGUACGAAAUUUAUUACUCUACAUUGCUGGAAAAUCGAAAUAUACUUCUCCAUUCCUGAAAAUUUUUGAUAUUACUUUAUCGUAUUCGUUUGUCAGUCCUUCGAUAAUUAUUACCGAUCUUUUCUAUAAAAUUAAACGAGGUACAUUUACAUUUAAAGACGGUGGAUCAAUUCUUGAGGAGGUUGCCGCAAAAUCUUUGGAAUUUGCGGCAUUUAUUUUUCGAUUUUUACAAUAUUGGGACAAGGAAAAUUACGAUAAAAGUUUAAUUGCUCUUCCAAUACCGGCCCCACCGACAAUUUGCGAAAAAAGUAAACAAUUUCGAGGAUUGUGCCCAAUUUGUAAGAAAGCAUUUCGUACAAGGACAGCUGUUGCUACUUCAGGAUACAUCUUUUGUUACCUAUGCAUUUUACCAGUGAUACAAAGGUAUGGAAAAUGUCCUAUGACAAAUUAUCCAGCUACCGAGGACGAUUUGAUUCGCCUCUACGAGCAAUAAAAUAAUAUAACUUAAAAAUUACAUACAUUUUGUAAAAGAAUAAAAAAUAGAAUUUCUUGCUCUGUUUUCUAUUUAAAAAAAAUUAUUGUUCAUUAUAUUUGUAAAAUAACUAAAAA